AUAAUCAUUCUUUCAUUUUUUUCUCCAUUGUUUGUUUUGGGCAUGCCUGCUGCUAAACUCUUAACAUACGUUUGCCCAUGACGACUGCUAUCAUUCGCUUUCUUUCUUUAACCGCCAUCGUGCUAUUCUACGCCAGUAUCUCCACAACGGCGGAACCAACCGAGAUACAAGCUCUAAUAUCCUUCAAACAAAACGUACGGGACCCUUUGGGCGCGUUGGACGCGUGGAACACGUCAACUCCAUACGCGCCAUGUGACUGGCGCGGCGUUUCCUGCAACGGCAGCCGAGUUCACGAGCUUCGUUUACCUCGGCUCGCUUUAUCGGGCUGGCUCACAAGCCGGCUAUCCGAGCUGACUCACUUGCGUCGGCUCAGCUUGCAUUCUAACAACUUUCACGGCUCAAUUCCUUCGGCUCUGACUAAAUGCUCUCUCUUACGAAAUGUUUAUUUACAAAAUAACUACUUCACCGGCGGCUUACCUCCGACGGUCAGAAACCUAACUAACUUAUUAAUACUUAACGUCGCAAACAACCUCCUCUCCGGUGAAAUCUCCGGCAACUUACCGCCGGAAAUUCGAUACCUCGACGUUUCUUCCAAUGCAUUCACCGGAAACAUUCCGGCGAAUCUCUCAGCUUCGUCUCAGAUCCAGCUGAUUAACUUAUCGUUCAAUUCGUUUUCCGGUGAGAUUCCGAUGACAAUCGGAAGCUUCCAGAGCCUGCAAUACUUGUUUCUCGACUCGAACGAGCUGUACGGCACGUUACCAUCGGCGAUCGCUAACUGCUCGUCACUGAUUCACUUUAGCGCCGAUGAUAACCUGUUACAAGGACUGAUUCCGGCGAGUAUCGGCGAGAUUCCGAAUCUGGAAGUGAUCUCGCUUUCCGGUAACAUGUUUACAGGUUCAAUUCCGCAAUCUCUGUUAUCGAGAUCUGGUAGUUCGAUAAGAAUCGUGAAAAUAAGGUCUAAUAAGUUCACCAGUUUGUUCGAAAACUCGAAUUCGACAACAUUUUCGAACUCUAUUGAAGUGUUGGACGUUCACGAGAAUCUUAUUAAUGAAACGUUGCCGUUUUGGUUAACAAAUUUGCACACGCUUACAGUUUUGGAUCUAUCUGGAAAUUUAUUUUCUGGUUAUUUACCAGUUGAAAUUGGGAAUAUGUUAAGUUUAGAGGAGCUUAAAGUGGCUGACAAUUUGUUUACUGGUUAUGUUCCUGAAGAAAUUGGAAAAUGUAGCUUGUUAAAUGUGCUUGAUCUUGAAGGAAACAGGUUUUCAGGUCCAGUUCCUGAUAUGUUUGGGGGAUUGCAGAGGUUAAAGGUUCUUUCACUUGGAAGAAAUCGAUUCAACGGAAGCUUACCGUCGAGUUUAUUCGAGCUUUCGGAGCUUGAAUCGUUAAACUUAGGUGAUAAUAAGUUUACUGGAGCUUUGCCAAGAGAAUUAGCACAGCUUAGUAACUUAAGUUCAUUGAAUUUAAGUAAUAAUAAUUUUUCGGGUGGUUUUCCGACUGUCAUUGGGGAUUUAUCGAGUUUAACAGAGUUAAACAUGAGCGGUUGCCACUUUUCGGGUGAGUUUCCGGCUGUUGUUGUGAAUUUGAGAAGCCUCAGUGUGCUUGAUUUGAGUAAGCAGAGUUUUUCGGGUGAGCUGCCGGUUGAGCUUUUCGGUUUGCCGAAUUUGGAAGUUAUUGCUUUGGAAGAAAAUAAGUUUUCUGGUGAUGUUCCUGAAAGUUUUAGCAGUUUGUCAAGUUUGCAGCAUUUGAAUCUAUCGUCCAAUUCGUUUUCGGGCCAUAUUCCUGCGGAAUAUGGCUUCAUUUCGUCUCUAGCUGUGCUUUCGCUUUCGAAUAACAGGAUUAAUAGUUCCAUUCCUGCAGCAUUGGGGAGUCUUUCAAGUCUUGAGGUUUUAGAACUCGGUUGGAAUGCUUUGACCGGUUCAAUUCCGGGGAGUCUUUCGCAACUAUCUGAUCUGAAAAGGCUUGAUCUAAGUCAUAACAGAUUAACCGGUGAAAUCCCGGAAAACUUUUCAGAUGCUUCUUCUUUGAACUCUUUGUUAUUGGGUUCAAAUCAUUUUUCCGGCCAGAUACCGGAAUCUGUUUCGAAAUUAUCGAAAUUAACUGAGUUGGAUCUCUCUUCGAAUGACUUGACCGGUGAAAUUCCGGCGAGUCUUUCCUCGAUUCCUAACCUAGAACAUUUGAACCUUUCAAGGAAUGAUCUUGAAGGUGAGAUACCAAAGAUGUUAGGUGAUCGAUUUACGGAUCCUUGGGUGUUCGAAUUAAACAAUCGGUUAUGCGGAAAGCCAUCUGAAAGAAAAUGCAAGAGAAAGAUUUCUUCAAGGAAGAAGAAACUAAUUCUACUGAUGUGUUUGGCUGCGGGUGGCGGUUUGCUUUUGUUAGUUUUGUGUUGUGGGUAUGUUGUUCUGCUUUUCCGGUGGCGUAGAAAGUUGUUAAGAAUGCGGAAAUCCGGUGAUGUGAAGAAACCAAGCCCGGCCCGUGGAAGUUCCGGUAGAGAGAGCGGUGGAGGAGAAAACGGGGCUCCGAAACUCGUGGUGUUCAAGAACAAAAUCACUUACACGGAUGUUCUCGAGGCAACGCGACAAUUUGAUGAAGAAAAUGUAAUGAAUCGGGGGACAUUUGGGCUUCUUUUCAAAGCCUCGUUUGCGGAUGGAACAGUUCUUUCCAUCCGCAAGCUUCUGGAUACUUCUGCUCCAGAAGCAACGUUUCAAAGAGAAGCCGAAUCUCUCGGGAAAGUCAAACACCAAAAUUUGACCGUUCUCCGUGGGUAUUUCACAAGCCGGUCGGAUAACGUGCGCUUACUUGUAUACGACUACAUGCCAAAUGGAAACCUAGCCACUCUUCUCCAAGAGGCCGUGCAUCAAGACGGGCACGUUUUAAACUGGCCAAUGAGGCAUUUAAUCGCGUUAGGCAUCGCUCGAGGGCUAGCUUUUCUACACUCGAUCCCGAUGUUCCACGGGGAUAUUAAACCACAAAACAUACUCUUUGAUGCGGAUUUCGAAGCACAUAUAUCCGAAUUCGGUCUCAACAAGCUAACCGCGCUUACACAAUCCGAACCAUCAACAUCCACAACCACAAGCCCGGUUGGGACACUCGGGUAUGUGGCCCCGGAAGCCACAUUAACCGGUGAACCGACAAAAGAAGCCGAUGUUUAUAGUUACGGGGUGGUCUUGUUAGAAAUCCUAACCGGGAAAAACCCGGUUUUGUUUAACCAUGAUGAGGACAUUGUGAAGUGGGUUAAAAAACAGUUACAAAAAGGCCAAAUUUCUGAACUCUUGGAACCGGGUCUGUUGGAGCUUGACCCGGAAUCAUCCGAGUGGGAAGAGUUCUUGUUAGGAUUAAAAGUUGGGUUGUUAUGCACAACAUCUGACCCGACUGGUAGACCUUCAAUGUCGGAUGUGGUGUUCAUGCUUGAAGGGUGUCGGGUCGGGCCGGAUAUGCCAUCAUCAGCUGACCCGACUUCACUUUCUUCACCUAUUUGAUUAGUUAAAUUUUUUUUUGUGUGGAAAUUAAAUUGUGUUUUUUUGUAAUGUGGACUUUCUUCCUGUUUUUUGUGCUGAUUUGGUGGAGUCAAAGAGAAUAAAGAAAAAGAACAAAUUGCCGCCAAA